UGUCUCUGUGCCGCGGCCUCGUGUGUGAGGAGGUAAGUGAAGCCUCGGUGUCUCCCGACUGAUGGCGGCCGCCGUGGGCUCGGCCUCGCUCGGCGUCAGCGCCUCUCGCUUCGCGCUGCUCCGGGUGGAGGACGAUUCGUCCGCCUCGGACUCGGACUCGAGCCACAAGCGGCGCGGGAAAAACAACAACUACAGCCACAGCGGCGGCGGCGGCGCCUCCGGUAACAACGAGAGGAAGAAAGAGAAGAGGAAGAAAAGGAAAGAACAGCAGCAGAGCGAAGCCAACCAGCUAAGAAGUCUAGCCUUUGGGAAAAUUCCUCCGAAGUCGCAUUCUGGUGUAAAUGCUGGCGUGAACUCGGGAUCAAGUCAGCCUGAGCCUCACAGCCAGAGACCAGCAGGAGCACAGGGCGAGAAAUGGCAGGAGUGGAGAGAAAAAGACGAACAGCUGACGACUGAACUGUAUGAAGCGGACCUCCAGAAAGCAUUGCUGAUCAGUAAGCUGGAGUAUGAAGAGCAUAAGAAUCUGCACGAUGAUCCAAACAACAUUUCUCUCAAAUCAAAAGGGCAGAGUCGGAAAGAGAAAAGAAAACACCUUCAGGGAAAAGAUAAACCAGCCAGAGUAUCGUUAAAAGAUUUUCAGACUGAUGGUAGUGCAGAUCAAAUGAACAAAAAACAUGAGGAACCAAAAUCCUUACUUGCGACUGUAGAAGAGGAUGGCUUCUUUAAUAAACUCGAGGAAGACACAAACAAAAUAUUGCUGAUGGAGAAAAGGAAAAAGUUGUUGAAUUCUAAUGGGCUGGAGAACAACAUGUCUGCGCAGGAGAGCCAAGAAGCUAUCUGUAAUAAUGUAAGAACUGAACACUUAAAAGAAAAACUCGAAAAGAAAGACACUAAAAUCCUUCAGUUGAAACAAACAAUUGAACAGUGGGAGGCAAAAUAUAAAGAGGUAAAAGCGAGAAAUGCUCAGCUUUUAAAGAUGCUGCAAGAAGGUGAAAUGAAGGAUAAAGCAGACAUACUGCUGCAAGUCGAUGACUUAAUAAGCAUCAAGAAUGAACUAACUUUACAGGUUACAGGUCUGCACGCAGCCCUGGAACAAGAAAAAUCUAAAGUAAAACAACUGCAAGCAGAAUUAACAAAAUAUCAGGGAGGCAAGAAAGGAAAGAAAAUGUCAGAAUCUGAUCAUUGAAGAUAAAAAUGGUGUACGUAGGUACAUACUGUGAAGCCCAGGGCAAAAAAAAACACUUUCUUCAGGGUGCCAUCAAUGGAUAUGUCUAGUUAAUGUAUAGCUGUUGGAUUAUGCAGUUGGUUUGAUUUGGAGUUUAGCUUUCUCAAACACUCCACCACACCUCUUCCUUCUGAGGGUGGUGGGGAGGGGAAAGGGCUGUGAAAUUGUACUCUCAUGAUAAACUGAAGAGAUUUCCUUGUGCUGACAACUCGAUGACAUCUUAGGUCAAUUAACCUUUCCGGCUUCUCUUUCUGUGCCGGAGAGGUUUGAAGGAAUGAAUGAAAAUUUCUGCUCUUCAGUUAUUUUGUUUUGAGACCGAUAAUACUGAAUCAGAAUAGCCUGCUAAUGAAGAAGCAAAUUUUUCCGCACAAGUCUGCUUAAUUUGGCCUGCCAGGUGUCACGUGUGACAAAGCAAUAAGGUACUGGAAAAAAAGAGGAAUGGUUUGAGUAAAAUAUUUUGUGUUGCUGUUCAUUUACCUUGUUAGAGCUGGGUUUGAAGCUGCCCUGCACCAGAAUGGUGGGGUGGGGUGACAUAAUCCUUGGGAAAAUAUGUUUGGAUAGUCAUUUUCCUAUUGGAAGUGAAUCUACAACGCAAAAGCUAUCCUUGGAUAUUGAACUGAUUUGACAAUGUCACUCUGAGCCCGUGAAUUUAAAGUGCAAAGGGAAGGAAUUAAGUUAUGCUUAUUCAGUCCAAGAGUGAUGUUAAGAAAUAUUUUCAGGAGAAUCUGUGCACAUUAAAUGUGGGUUAGGAACAAAGUGGAAAAGUGUUGAUUUACUCUCAUUCCUUUACCUUGUGUAUGAUUUGAGCACACCUGCAGGGGAAGUAGCUUGUAAGGAACUAGGGUGUUAUUUUUGUAACACAAGAUUCCCAUUUCGGCGAGCACUGUUAAAACGCCAAACUUUCAUAUUUUCCUUGAAUUACAAUAAAAUUCAGUUCAACUGGGAUAUUUCCCCACAUUAUAUGUAUGUGUCCUUCUUUCCCCCUUAAUAUUGGGUAUCUGCUUUUCGCAAACUUUAAAAGGAAUAUAUAUUCAUUAUGUUGGCUGUACUCAAGGUGAUCUUCAGCACUUUGAUUGUACUUCACAUCAUGUGGCAACUACAGUGUUACUUGUCUCUUGAAAUGUCAGCCCGACUCAGUUGGUAGCAUGUGAACCUCUGAGGCAGAAGGUUGGGGUGGGGGUUCAAGUCCCAUGAAGGGACACUGAACUCCCAUCUAGCAUGACACUCCAAUACAGUUUGUUGCAUUGUCAGAGGUUCAUCCUUUGAAUGUGAUGUUAAACACAUAUCACAAUUGCCUGCCAGACUUUAAACAUUGGCCUUGGCCUUGCCAACAAUCUCCCAAAUAAAAUUGAUCAGACUUCAUGUGCACAUUUUUGUGUGCAAAUUGGCUGUUGUGUUCAUCAACAAAUAGUCACAACACUCUACAGUAAAUGCAGUUAAUUGCUUUGAAACAUUUUGAUGAUGUGGUAAGGUACUUAUCAAAUGCAAGGAUUCUUAUAAAGUACUCUGUAUAGACUUUUUUUAAAUUUGGAUUUUAAAUUUACAUGACAAUCAAGUUUAAAUUUGAUUCCUGUGUCCAUUGUUAAAAUAUCAAAUGUUACUAUUUCGCACAAAUUCCAAUAAAUUUCAGUACAUGAUUUUAAAUU